AUGGCAUCUAAAAAGCAGCGUAAUGCAACGGGGAAUGCCCCCACAGCAGAUACACCGGCAGCUAAAACCUCCCUGAGACGAUAUUUCGGCGAACAAACGGACCCGCAAAGACGGGACAAAAUGGCGCCUGCAGCACAAACACGAGGCACAAGUCCGAUGGCAUCAGAAGGCUCCACAGAGGACCAUGAGAUCCGGACCCUGUUGACACAAUUGCCUUCAAAAUCAGACCUGGCAGCAAUGUUUCAGAAACUGGAGGACAGUUUCAGUGAGAAACUCCAGGCAGUGAAUGCAGACGUGCAACAGCUCAAAGCCAGAGUGCAAGACCUAGAGGAAGAGACAGAGAACACUAACAAACAAUGGGCUGAAUCCUACACCACCCAGGAGACACACGCAGAAGCAAUAAGGUACCUACAAAGGAGGCUGGAAGAUGUAGAUAACCGGGGGUGCCAAAAUAACUUACGGGUGAGGGGCAUCCCGGAAAGUGCGGAGGGUUUCACAGAAAACCCCAUACAGGUCCUUACCACCCUUUUUAAUCGCAUCCUAGCCAGACCUAAUGACACAGCCAUCACAUUUGACAGGGCUCACAGGGCCACUGGGUCCAGAAAUCUACCUCCUGAUAGGCCACGAGACCUUAUCUGCCGCAUCCACAACUUCCCCUUAAAGGAGGAAAUUUUCCGUAAAGCCCGCCAAAACAAAGAGCUAACAAUAGAUGGUCAACUGGUGACUGUAUUUCAGGACCUGGCACCAUCCACAUUACAAGCAAGGCGAGCCUUGCGGCCCAUCACACAGGCCCUGUUAGAGAGACAAAUUAAGUUCAGAUGGAAUUUCCCAUUUGCCCUGACAGUCAACCUCCAGAAGAAGACCCACACUAUCUCCUCACCAGAAGAUGUAUCCGAAUUCCAGAGGGAACUGAAGCUUCCACCAUCCGAUGUGGAGGACUAG